AUGGCCGACCAUACCGCGAUGCCCGCGACGUCAGAGAAGGCCCAGGUGCCGCCAGACGUCGUGUCUGCCGGAUCCUACGACUCACGUACACACUCCGGCGAGGAGGCAGGCUCAUUCGAGCGGCCGAAGACAUGGAUGUAUAGAUCUAUCAAAGUCGGCCCCUUCAAGCUUCCCUACUAUGCCUCGCCGCCAUUCCAGUUGCUUAUCGUGUCGCUCGUCUGCUUCCUCUGCCCGGGCAUGUUCAAUGCCUUGGGCGGUAUGGGCGGCGGCGGUCAGGUGGAUCCUCGAGCCGCAAACGAUGCCAACACCGCAGUCUACGCCACUUUCGCUGUUGUCGGUUUCUUCGCCGGCACCAUUACGAACACGCUAGGGAUCAAGUUUGCACUGUCGUUUGGCGGCAUUGGCUACUCGGUCUACGUUGCUGCAUUUCUGUGCUACAACCACACUCAAAACUAUGGAUUCACGGUCUUUGCUGGCGCGCUACUCGGUGUGUGCGCCGGUCUGCUAUGGACCGCUCAGGGAGCCAUCAUGAUGUCGUAUCCCUCGGAAGACUCGAAGGGACGCUACAUUUCCUGGUUCUGGAUGAUCUUCAACCUCGGAGCCGUCAUCGGUAGUCUGAUCCCACUCGGACAGAACAUCAACACAACCACCAACAGUGCUGUCAACGACGGAACUUACAUUGGCUUCCUUGUCCUCACGUUUCUUGGUGCGGUCUUGGCGUGGUGCCUUGUUGACGCGAAGAACGUCGUGCGCAAAGAUGGAUCGAAGAUCAUCCUUAUGAAGAACCCCACGUGGCAGACCGAGAUAAAAGGCCUUGGAGAGACGUUCAUUACCGACCCCUAUAUUCUCUUUCUGUUCCCGAUGUUCUUCGCCUCCAACUGGUUCUACACGUAUCAGUUCAACGGCGUCAACUUGGCUUUCUUCAACACCCGUACCAGAGCUUUGAACAACACACUCUACUACAUUAUGCAGAUUGUCGGUGCCUUUGUCUUUGGCUACGCCUUGGAUCAAGCGAAAGUCCGCCGAUCAACCCGCGCCAAGGGCGCGUGGGCGGCGUUGUUCGUUCUUACGAUGAUUGUGUGGGGCGGAGGCUACGCUUUCCAGACAGGCUACACCCGUGGACUGGUCAACGCCGGUAGCGCUACAAAGAAUGAUCCGAGUGACGAUUACGUCAAGAAGGAUUGGACCGAUUCGGGAUACAUUGGCCCAAUGUUCUUGUACAUGUUCUACGGAUUCUACGACGCCGCCUGGCAGACAACCGUUUACUGGUUCAUGGGCUCAUUAACGAACAACGGCCGUAAACUCGCCAACUUCGCCGGCUUCUACAAGGGCAUUCAAUCUGCGGGUGCCGCCAUCAUCUGGGCCGUCGAUAACAAAGGCGUUCCUUUCAUGAACAUAUUCGCCUCCUGCUGGGCCCUGCUCGCUGGCAGUUUGAUCAUUGCGCUGCCGGUCAUCCUCAUGAAGGUCCAGGAUACGGUACCGAUUGAGGAAGACCUAAAGUUCUCCGACGAGACUAUUGCGGACGUUGCUCCUCAACAGACGCUGAACCAGAAAUCGUGA